GAAGAGGCUAUUAGAGCCACUAGUCACAAUCCUUUAGCAUCAACACAAAAUCUUGAAUGAUCACUUUGUUGAAGGUGAAAAUUCAAGAAUAGGCAAAACCAAAAUCAAGAAUCAAUGGCUUCCACCAUUAGCUACACUUCACUUUGUUCUUUACUUAAACUCAACCAAAACAACCAAAAAACCCCAUUUUCCCCUUCUUCUUCUUCUUUGAUUAAAAUCAAGAAUCAGUUAUGUUUUAGCAGCAAUUUUUGUAGCCAUUUAGGUAAAGCUUCAACCUUUAUGGUUAAAGCUUCAGAAACAGAGGCAACUCAGUCAGAAAAAGAAGAAGACAAGUAUGAAGAGUAUGAAGUUGAGAUUGUUCAGCCUUAUGGACUUAAAUUUACUAAAGGUAGAGAUGGAGGAACUUACAUUGAUGCUAUUGCUCCUGGUGGUUCAGCUGAUAAGACUGGGAAAUUUACUGUUGGAGAUAGAGUCAUUGCCACCAGUGCAGUGUUUGGAGAGGAAAUAUGGCCUGCUGCUGAAUAUGGAAGAACAAUGUACACUAUUAGACAGAGAAUUGGACCUUUACUCAUGAAGAUGCAAAAGAGAUAUGGGAAGGUGGAAGAAGUAGGUGAAUUGACAGAAAAGGAAAUUAUCAGAGCUGAGAGGAAUGCUGGUUUCAUUAGUGACAGAGUUAGAGAAAUUCAAGUAACGAAUGCUCUGAGGAAGAAAGAACAAAAGGAGCAACGAGAAAGAGAUCUUCGCGAAGGACUAAAACUUUCUAAGAAUGGUAAAUACGAAGAAGCACUCGAAAAGUUUGAGUCUGUGUUAGGAUCAAGACCAACUGGAGAUGAAGCUGCUGUGGCAAGUUACAAUGUUGCCUGUUGUUAUUCCAAGCUUAAUCAGCUUCAAGCAGGGUUAUCUGCCUUGGAGGAUGCAAUGGAAGCAGGAUUUGAAGAUUUCAAGAGAAUCAGGACAGACCCCGAUCUUGCUAAUCUAAGAACGUCUGAGGAUUUCGAGAAACUCAUGAAAAAGUUUGAUGAAUCGUUCAUCAAUGAGAAUGCCAUCAACGCGAUUAAGUCUCUUUUUGGCUUCAACAAGAAAUAGAAGCAGCAGCACAUUCAUAAACUGAAAUGUCAAUACAUUGACUAUGCUCCCUUUUUUGGAUUUUGUUUAUAGGUGAGUUAUAGAUAUGAAAUUACUUCUGAUCAUUAAUUUUUUUUUCAUUUCAAUUGUAUUACACUAUGGUCAAUCUCGUGUAAUUAUAAGGUUCGUAUUCUGAAUAUGAAAAGAUCUUCAAUUUGAAACCUA